CUCAGGGCUCGCCCCAAUUUCACCUGAUUCCCACAGCCCCCCAGAAUCCAUGGAUUCUCUCCUUCUCCUCUGUGCCCGCUGCAUCCUUGCCCAGCGCCCUCUUCCCCACAUUCUCCCUGGUCUGUAUCCCGUCCUUUUCCAAUUGGCAUUCCUGGAUGGAAAACACGUAGUCCUGCGGGAUUUGGUGGCCGCUUGGCCUAUCCAAGUACUCGACUUCCAGCAGCUCGUGAGGCGCCGAGAGCUCCUCGGAGAUCAUCCCCACAUCGACUACAUCGAGGCCGUCAUCCAGGCCGUGGUGGCGCAGCUCCGGCAGGAGCUGGAAGAGCCCGGCUGCGAUUUCAGCAAGCGCCGGCUGCGUGUGCUGGACAUGACCGGACUCUCAGAUUCCCUGUGCAGCCGCUCUCCGGACGGGGUGACCAUCUGGUCCAGCACUGUGGCUUUGGCCAAGGCUUUUGAGGAGGUGUCCAAGCACCAGCAGGAUUUCCAGAGGCGUGAACCUAGGCGUCUGUGGGGCAAAUCCAAGCGACACAAAGGCCGAUCCAGAGCCACUAGGGCCACAGCUGUUCUGCGGCCUUCGGGCGUGGACAUCCAUGCCGACCUCGUUGCUGACAGUUGGUCCUGUGGGAUCCUGCACAAUGCUCUCCAGGCCGCGGCUGCCGGCCCCCUGCGCCUUAAGUGCCGUGUUUUCAAAGCUGAGGACAUCUCGGCAUACGACAUCACGGCUUUGUUGGAAUCUCUGGAUCGGUCCUGUAUGCGGAGCGUGGAUCUUCGCUUCAAAAAUUUGGAAUUGGCCAAGCUCUCAGAGAUCCUGGUGCAACUCUCGCGCUUCCCAGAGCUGCGCAGCCUCAAGCUCCACAACAGCAAUGUGGACGUGCAGUGCCCGACACCAGAAUCGGCCUUCGCAAUCGGCUGGCUGACCCGGCCGCUGGAAAUUCUGCCAAUUCCUCCAUCCUCACGGGUUGUCCUGAUGGGUUAUUCCUGUUUUUCCAGCCUGCGCGUGCUGGACGUGACUGGACUCCCGGAUUCCGUGUCCAGCCACACUUCUGCCAGGUCCAUCACUAGUGCAUUGGCCUAUGCUUGCGUGGAAGUGUCUGUGUACCAGCUGAAAAUCCAGUCUCGCAGUUCCAAGCAGCACAAAGGCUGUUCCAGAGCUACUAGUGACACGGCCUUUCUGCAGCCUUUGGACCUGGACGUCCAUGCCGACCUGUGUGUUGACAGAUGGUCCUAUAGGAUUCUGCGCGAGGCUCUCAUUGCCACGCACACCGGCCCACUGCGCCUCAAGUGCCGCGUAUUCAAAGCCGAGGACAUCUCGGCAUUUGAGAUCGUGAGUUUGUUGGUAUCUCUGGAUCCAUCCUGUAUGCGGAGCGUGGAUCUUCGCUUCAAAAAUUUGGAAUUGGCCAAGCUCUCAGAGAUCCUGGUGCAACUCUCGCGCUUCCCAGAGCUGCGCAGCCUCAAGCUCCACAACAGGAAUGUGGACGUGAAGCGCCCGAUGAUGGAAUCGGCCAUCAGAACCUCCAGGCAUUCCAGGCUGCUGGAAAGUCUGCCCAGCUUCCAGGGGCUCAACCUGGGAUCCUCCGGGCUCUCUGGGAAUCUGCGCCAGAUCCGCUGCUUCCACGCUCCGGCCCUCAAAAGUUUGGAUGUGAACGGCCUUGAUGUCUCCAAAGGCUUCCUGGAGCCGCUCCAGCUGCUCCUGGAGAAAACAUCAUCCUCGCUGCUGCAUCUGGAUCUGAGGGAUUGCCGCAUGACCAGCUCUCACCUGCAUGCGCUGCUCCCAACGCUCCUAUGCUGUUCCCACUUGAGAUUCUUUGGAUGUGAACGGCUUUGA